UUCCUUCUCUUCUUCUUCUUCUUCUUCUCUCGUCUCUGUUUCCACAAACUUCAAUGCGAAAACAUCCCCAAGAAAACCCACCAAUAUUCAAAUCCCGUUUAAAAAAGAUUCAUUCUUUCUCGCCAUUCUGCACGCCAUUGUUUUUGUGGUUAGUCUCUUCUCUUGUUACUCACUCACCGUUUGUUUCUCAGGAAAAUCAUAUUGGGAAGGAAACGUAGGUCUGGUGUGGUGUGAGGAGUAGAACGUAUGGCGUACAAAGUAGAUCACGAAUAUGAUUACCUCUUCAAGAUUGUAUUGAUUGGAGAUUCGGGCGUCGGAAAAUCGAACAUUCUUUCGAGAUUUACGCGGAAUGAGUUUUGUUUGGAGUCUAAGUCCACCAUUGGAGUUGAAUUUGCAACUAGGACAUUGCAGGUAGAGGGGAAGACAGUGAAAGCACAAAUAUGGGACACAGCAGGUCAAGAAAGGUACCGAGCCAUAACCAGUGCUUACUACCGAGGGGCUGUUGGUGCACUAUUGGUCUAUGACAUAACCAAACGGCAAACAUUUGACAAUGUGCUGAGGUGGCUCCGUGAACUGAGAGACCAUGCAGAUUCUAACAUUGUCAUAAUGAUGGCCGGUAACAAAUCUGACUUGAAUCACCUGAGGGCAGUCCCAGGAGAAGAUGCUCAACUGUUGGCUGAGAAGGAAGGCCUCUCUUUCCUUGAAACUUCAGCAUUGGAAGCCUUCAAUGUUGAGAAUGCAUUUCAAACCAUUUUGUUGGAUAUCUACCACAUAAUAAGCAAGAAGGCACUAGCAGCACAGGAGGCAGUUUCCACUACUGGACUUCCUCAUGGCACUACCAUCAAUGUUGCAAAUCUAUCCGGUGACGUGAAUAAGAGAAAUUGUUGCUCUAACUGACAAGGUAUCGCUAAUUCUACAAGAGGGAAAGAAGAGUAGGCAAACAUAUACAAUUUUUUGUUUUUGUUUACAGAAAUGGGGUCUAUUUUCUGGUUUCGUUUCAUGUGUUUACCUGUAGAGGCCAAAGCAAAAGGGCAGGGUUUUAGUGAACCAUAGUUGAAGAUGAUCACGACAGCCUUUGUACUGUCUCUAUUGAUUUUUCUCUGGUACUGGAAAGUAUGGGAGGGUAAUCAGAGUCUUGGUAUAGGGAGGGAUUAGAUUAAAGAAGCAUUGUAAUUGUAGUUUCGUAUGAUUGUUUUCUUCUUCUUGUUUUAACUCUUUAUUCUUUUUGAUCUUGUGAAUGUAUGUACCUGAUACUGCAAUAAAUCUUUCCAUGUUACUUCUUGACAAAUGAAAAUGUAGUUGCAAAUA